UUUUUCAUUGCUACUUCACCCUAAAUUAACAAUGGCAUCCUUUGCAUCUUUGCAAACUUUGUACGCGACAAAUCUGAAACGGUCGCCAACUCCGGCGAGUCCUUCACCAUCUUCCCGUUACCCCGUGGCAGCGCCCCCGAGAUCAAGUGUUUUGUGGAAGAAGAAAAAGGGAUCUCCAACAGUAAUUGCAGCAGUCGGAGAUGUAUCAGCUGAUGGCACCACCUAUCUCAUCGCCGGCGCAGCCGUUGUUGCUCUCGUCGGAACAGCUUUUCCGAUCUUAUUUUCCCGCAAGGACACAUGUCCUGAAUGUGACGGUGCUGGCUUUGUUCGUAAAGCUGGAGCUCCACUGAGGGCAAAUGCUGCACGAAAGGACCAGGCUCAGAUCGUAUGUGCUCGUUGUAACGGCCUUGGCAAAUUGAACCAAAUUGACAAAUGAAAUCUGCCUUCUCUUCUGUGGAUUUAAUCCAAAUUUCUUCUGUACAAGUGAUAAACACCCCCAUCUUUAUAGUACUGAAAUUUCUGUAUGGUUCGUUGUGAUAAUGGAAGCAUCUUUAAUGGU